UUUAUUUUCACCCUUACACUCCUUAUUAUUUAUAUUUUUAAUUAAAUUUAAAAAAUAAUUUAAUUUAUCUUUUCACACCGGUUCAUCGAUGACUCGUGGACAUGGUGAACCUAAAAGGAGAAAAUUGAAAUUUCUUCCUCUAAAUAAAAACUUUCAGGCAUAAAUACUCUGACCAACUACUACUUCUUCCACCUUCAUCAAUGGCGGUUUCUCCGACCAUUUUCCCUCAACGACGACGUCGUCCAUCUCCCACCUCAUUUCUCUCUCCUCAAUUUUCCACCAUUGAUCUUCUUCGCUCUUUAUACUUAAUAUCCUCUGAUAUCUCUUCUUUGGAUCCUCCUCGAUUUCUGUUCAAGCGAAACUCGUCAUCUAUAAUCCGGAAAUGUUCUAUACUUUCAAUGAUUUUUGAAGAUGUUCUUCGUCAAGUGAAUGAUUUGAGGUUUCUAUCUCCUUCUUCACUCCUUUGUUUUGAAGAAAUGUUUAUUAUACUUCAACGAAUCCGAACUUUGAUUGAAGAUUGCUCUAAUGAUGGAAGCAAGUUGUGGCUUUUGAUGCAAAUUGAACCGAUUUCAGGUACUUUUCACGAGUUGACUUUAGAUUUAUGGACUUUGCUUGAAAUUCUUCCUGAAAAGGAGCUUAAUUUGAGCGAAGAUGUUGAUGAACUGCGCAAUUUGGUGAUUAAACAGUGUCGCGAAGACAAAUCGUUUGUUGAUCCAAACGAAAAUUGGUUGCGAUGUGAGGUUUUAUCCAUGCUUGAUUCGAUUAAGAAGGAAAUUGUUCCCAAUCACUUGAGACUCGUUGAGUUGUUUUCGAAACUCGGGAUGAGUGACUCAGCGAGUUGCAGAGAUGAGAUCGAGUGGUUAGAAGAUGAAAUUCAAUGUCAAAACGAUGAGAAAUCAAAAUCCGAUGUUGUUUCGCUAAUCGGACUGGUGAAAUAUACGAAAUGCGUUCUUUAUGGCGCUUCUUCAAGUAAUUCAAGUUCAUUUUCCGACGAAAAUUAUCAAAUUCGCCGGAAUUAUUCGUCGGAUAUGAAUAUUCCGGCGGAUUUCCGGUGUCCAAUUACUCUUGAUUUGAUGUCUGAUCCUGUUGUCGUGGCAACAGGACAGACGUACGAUCGAACCUCGAUCGUGCUGUGGAUUGAAUCAGGUCAUAACACCUGUCCUAAGACAGGUCAAACCCUAGCCCACACCAACUUGAUAUCAAAUAGAGCGUUGAAGAGCUUGAUUGCUAUGUGGUGUAGGGAGCAUAGAAUUCCUUACACGGCGGCUGAAAAUAGUGAAGGGAUAAACGGUGUCCUUUUGAAUAAGGCGGCGUUUGAGGCGACAAAAAUGACGAUAUCGUUUCUUCUAGGGAAAUUAGGUUCAGGUUUGCUACCAGCUGUGAUGGUAAAUUGGGUUGUGUAUGAGCUUCGGGUGUUUGCCAAGACAGACUCGGAUAGUCGAGCUUGUAUAGGGGAAGCUGGGGCGAUUCCCUUAUUAGUACGAUAUUUAGGUUCAGAGUAUCCGAAGCUACAAAUCAAUGCCGUGACAACUAUUCUUAAUUUAUCGAUACUUGAGGCGAAUAAGGAUAGGAUUAUGGAGAUAGAUGGGGCGCUCAAUGGUGUUAUUGAAGUGUUACGAACGGGAGCUACUUGGGAAGCUAAGGCAAAUGCGGCUGCUACGAUUUUUAGUCUGUGUGGGGUUAGUGCGUAUAGGAAAAGGCUCGGCAAGAAGACACGAGUUAUAAAAGGAUUACUCGAGCUUGCAAGAGAAGGUCCCACAAGUUCUUCGCGGGAUGCCUUAGUGGCAAUAUUGGCCUUAGCCGGUGAUAGAGAUACCGCAGGAAGGCUUGUCGAAGGUGGGGUCGUGGACAUGGUAAAGGAUGUUAUGGGCAAUCUACCCGAAGAAGCAGUAACUAUAUUAGAAACCGUAGUGAAAAAGGGUGGAUAUGUUGCAAUUGUUGCGGCUAGCCAUUUAAUCGGAAGACUAGUGGCCACUUUAAGAAAUGGGACCGAUAGAACAAAGGAGAGCGCAAUUGCUACCCUUGUAAUUAUUUGUCGUAAAGGAGGAGGAGACUUUGUGGCCGAACUAGCUAGGAUCACGACCAUCGAGAUGGUUAUAUGGGAGUUAAUGGGCACAGGCACUGCGAGGACUAAGAGGAAAGCUGCCUCACUUAUGCGAAUACUCCGAAGAUGGGCAGCUGGUUUGGAAGGAGAUAUAUUGGAAGAAUUCUCUAUGACGGUAGCAUUACAAUAAAAUUAUCACAUUGUCAAUUUACCUCAUGAAUUGUACAAAAAAAACUAAGGUAAUGUAUCAAAAUUCUUUCCUUUUUCCUUUUUAGUUCCCUUUGAAUUUGGAGUUCAAUGUACAUGCCUAUAUAGUUUCAAUUGUUUUCUUUGAUAAUUUUAUACACAAACCUUGUCAAUAGCUAUUUUUUUGAGUGUAUCAAUAAAACAUAGAAUCCUUGUCACAAUUCACAGUAAAGUUGUAGUGAUGUACCAGUAAUUUAAAAUUGGAAAUAAUUUAAUGUAUAUAUGGGUUUGAUUUAUUCGAUUUAUCCCUUUUAUGGGUCUAUUUUGA